AUGCUCAAAGGGCCGCAGUACAAGAAAAUCGUCCUGGCGCACUGGAUGAGGAUCGUCGGUCUCUUCUGGCUUCUUGUUUCCAACUUGGCGACUGUUUGCUACAUUGGACCAAGAGUCGCUUUUUGCGUCUUUGAAAUGCUCCUGCUUUACUGGGACAUUCUUCUUUACGCAAAUAUUUCCGAAAUCGUGUCGAGCUCCCAUUCCUGGAUAAUUUUCACUUUUUACUUUGCCGCUGUUGUCAAGGUUUUCGUGACCUCUAUUUAUUUCCUCAACCCUUCCAAAGAAACCCUCAUUCGAAGCAAAUUCCACCACUCCGUCGCUCUUCUUUUCUUUCACCAACUUUUUCUCAUGUUCACUCAAUUCAAAUACGCCCAGGAAAUGCAUUUUAUUUCUGCCGAGACUUCCGAAGAUUUGGCCAUUUUGCUCCAGAAGAAGGCGCAAUUUCUCAUCUUUUUUCGUUCACUUUCAGCUGUAUUGCAUGGUGAUCGUGACCCACCAUCAAUUUCAAAAGACUCGAAAGAAACUAUCGCAAAAGCAGACGCCGUCAUUUGGAACUUUUUCUCCUUGUCUUCAGUAGUUUACAACGUACUCAUCCUUCUCUGUUUAAAACCAGCACUUCAACUUCUUCCCAAAAAAUGCGUCAAAGUAGAGCCAGCCCAACUGUCUUUCAUCCCUUCUCUGGAUUGUUUUGGCCACUUCGAGUUGAUUCUCUCCGGCUGUGGGUCCAUUCAAAUCCUGCUUUACUUGUGGAUCGCUUUCAAAAGUUUCGCCAAAAAUUGA